AUGGCCAUGGCGUCGCGGUCGAUGGAGCUGGAGCUGGCACCGCUGGUGGCGCCGCGCGGCCCGUCGACGGUGCCCUCAGCAGGCGGCUCGGCCGCAUUGUCGCCGCUGGGGGGUAACUUGCCAAUGUCGGCCACGGCUCUGCCGCCUGCGCAGCCGGCACUGGCGGCUGAGUCGACGGAGACCUUGCUCGCGGCCCGGGCGGACUUGGCCGACCUGGCCGCGUCUGCCACCGCCAUCCGCUCGGCGGCCUCGACCGUGGUCGAGCUACUGGCCAUGCCGACGCAAGACACCGGGCAAGCUUCUGUAGCCACCAAGGCGGGCGAGGAUGGCGAGGAUGGCGCCGCAGUCGGUGGCUCUGGGCGUUUGCAGAGUGGACAGAUUGCGGCGCGGCGGCCUGCGGCGCUUCGCAAGGCGCACGACGCACUUGUCGACGCUCUCGGAAGGCUGCGCAGCUUGCGGAACGCGGUUGCGGCGCUGCCGCUGGCGCUGACACCCGCAGCAGCGGCGUCGGCUCUCGAUGCUGCGCCGCCAGCGCUUGACGCGCUACUCGCAGACAUGGUGACGGCGGCGUCGGCGGCGUCGCGGGCAAGAUCGCGCGCCGCUGCCGUCGGCUACACUGACGCCGCGCGCAAGCUCUUCCCGGGCCUGCUCGAGCCCAAGACAUCCCGCAAGCGACCGCGGGUCUACGCCAUCACGCCGGCGUCGCACCCGUCGAAGCGGCGCAAGCCCCUCGGCUCCGGCUCGCCUUCGCGGUCGGGCCUCCCGGCCAAGCUGGUGGGGGUCAUGGCAUCGGCAGCGCCCUCGUUCCGCAUUGUCAGCUGGAAAUAUCAUCCGCUGGAGCUCUCGUCGCGACUGGCGCGGCUGACGCUCGAGCUGCCACAUGUCUUCCAGGUUUGCAUCACCUUUUCCGGCGCUGUCGGCCUUGCCGAGUCGGACACCCUCAUUCCUGCGCUGAUCUCGCUCAGCCGCCCGCGCCACGCCCCGCCGCUUGCACCUGGCGCGUGCGAUCCGGUCCUCGACGCCAUCGAGGUCCACGUCCGCGCCGCCCACCUCUACUUUGUCUCGGCCUACCCCGCUGCGCCGCUCCCACCGCUCCUUGUCUGGCUCCACUCGUACGCGCGGCUCUACUCCACGCCCUGCACCGUGUGCGGCGCUCUGGUCCGCAUCGCCCGCGGCGAUGCCGGGGGGCCCAUGCCGCCGGUCUUCCGUCCCUUCCGCGUCGAUCGCGCCCGCCAAGGCCGCCUCCUCGCCCCGCGCCUCCUCACCGUCGCCACCACCGGCUCGCCGAUCGAUCCGCGCCUCGCCCUGGCCGAGGGCGCCUACCACAACGAGUGCUUCACCCGCGAGACCCUCAUCCGCCAGCAGGAGCAGCAGCCAUCAACCUUGGCCACUACCUCGGCCUCGCCCCCGCCUACCCCGCAGUAG